AUGCAGAGCACUGCGCGCCACGGCGCGUCCGCCACUGCGACUCCCGGUGUCCCGCUCAUCGCGCCGGCGUCCAGCACCCCCACAACCGCGGCGCACACCACGCCGCAUGCCGCGCCGCACGCCUUUCCUUUCUUCCCUGCUCACACGUCUGAUUUCAUCUUCGCGCCGCCCCCGGUCACGACGCCUUCCCAAUACUCCGGCGCGGGCGGCACUCUCCAUGAGUGGCACAUGCCCCCGCCCUUCGCUAUUGAUCCCGCGCUUCUCGAUGACAGGGCGGGGACGCUGUCCAUCGUGAACACGACAUCGGCGGUCAGCGCCGACUCAGCGUCUUCGCCGAUCACCUCCAACUCACUUGCAGCCCCUCCUCCCGCCGGCGGCACAUUCCAGUUCGUCGAAUACAGCUACAACUCGGAAGGCGGACAGGGUGGGAAGCGUGGCAAACGCGGUCCGCGCGGGGGGCAGGCUUGA